AUGGACGAGGAGAAUAGACAAGACAACGAAAGACAUUCUAUUGCUCAAAAGGCUAUAGAAGAAAUUGACUUAAAUACACCAACACAACAAGUAGAAGAAGAAAUUAAAGAAGAGGAACAACAAAAACAUGGAAAUGAAAUUCCACUAGAACCAAUUGAACAUGGUUUAAAUGAAGAUUCUUACAUCAAUUUUUCACCAUUUUGGAAAAAGAAAGAUGGGACAAAAAUACCUGAAGGUACUAAAGCUGUUCUUAAAUUAAAUUUCUUGAAUGAAGUAACAGAAUAUCUUAAAGUUAAUGAACC